AUGAUUGGUGCCGGUGAACUGAAUACUGUAGAUUUAGCGAUAAGUCUGGUGAAAACAUAUCCAAAACUUGGGGUUACAGAAGAUAUAAACAAUAAUUACGCCAUUAAGCUGUUGGCCCAUAAACCAUCGGCAUUCAUGAGCAGUAAGAGUUUCGUCUUCUGGAAACGUUGGAUCUAUGACUCUUGUAUAAAGAUAUCAGACAGAGAAUUAGAAGAUGAGAAAAUAAUCAAGGUUGAGUUAAGGAGAGAUUUAGAGAGCAAUACAAUGCAGCAUCAGCCUCCAAGUGAUGUUCCAGAAUUUAAGCACAUUCAUGAUGCAAAGUUACAACACGAUCAAGCUGUGGAACUCCUUAACUGCAUAUUUAUCGAGAUACCAAAGCUCAGCAAACAGCAACUGGAAACAAUUGGAUUGGAUAAAGCAAUCUAUGAUGCAAUCAAGCAUGGCAUGUUUGAAUUUAUUGAUGAAAUUAUAGAACUAUAUCCUGAAAUCUUAUGGAGGAAAGAUAAGAAGGGUCGUACCCUUUUUGCAAACGCCAUUGUUCUACGUCAAGAAAAGAUAUUCAACCAUGUCUUCAGAUUGGGGGAAAAGCAGCGUCUAACAUUGCUUCGACAUGAUAUCUUUCGUAACAAUUUCUUACACCUGGCUGCCAAGUUGUCCCCUCCUUCUCGACUUGACCAUAUCUCUGGUGCAGCUCUGCAAAUGCAAAGAGAACUACAAUGGUUUAAGGAGUUGAGGAGGAUUCUACCACCAAAAUUUGAGGAAGAAUUGAACGAAAACAAUAGAACGCCAGCAUCAUUAUUUUCUCAUGAGCACAAGGAACUGAUGAAAGAAGGGGAGAAGUGGAUGAAGAACAACGCAGCAUCCUGCAUGGUGGUAGCUACUCUCAUUUCCGCCGUCAUGUUCACGUCGGCUUUCACUGUUCCGGGUGGCAUCGACGAAAAAACAGGCUCCCCAAUCUUCCUACGAUCCAAUGCUUUCCUGGUUUUCGUCAUCGCCAAUUCUCUCUCGCUUUUUUCUUCCUCCACUUCGGUUUUGGUAUUCCUGGGAGUGUUAACGUCUCACUACGCUGAGAAAGACUUCCUCCAAUCCUUACCGGCGAAAUCCAUACUCGGUCUCUUCACUCUUUUCUUCUCCAUUGUGACCAUGAUGGUUGCCUUUGGCUCCGCCAUUUUCAUCACCCUCCAGGAACGGCUGGCUUGGGUUUCAAUUCCGGUCAUCAUUCUUUCAACCGUUCCCAUUGCUUUCUUUACAUUGUUGCAGUUCCCUCUCUUGAUUGAAAUGCUGGUUUCUACCUACUGUUGUCGCAUCUUUGAUAAGUCCCCAAACCAAACUUAAGUAGUUUAAGGAUCCAUGAAUAAUCCCCUAUUUUGUGAUUUGAUUCAGGUAUUGCUGCGCUGCUUGUUUGCAUAUGAACAAUCACUCCAUUUAUAUUCAUCAUUGAAGUGUUUUUUUAAACAUGAAUAUGAUGGUUGCUCAUUAUAAUAUUUUCGAUGAGUAUUAAAA